AUGGAUCACUUGCUGGAGGGUCUAUGUGAGCGGUUAUCCCUCAAGGAGAGGGAAGAAGAUGGCUUAUUGCUGGAGGAGUCUUCGGUGGAAGAGAUGAUAGUGAGAGGCGAAAAAUGUCUCAUUUUCAAAUUGAUGACAGUGAAACACUUUAAUAAAGAAGCACUGAAGUCCACAAUGAAAAAGGGAAAGGAGAAAGUCAAGCGGGAAGGCCCUUGGUCGUUUGACAGGCAUCUAGUGAUUACAAAAGAUGUUAUGGGUCUACAACAAGUCCACCAAGUAGCCAUGAAGGAAGCUUUAUUCUGGGUCAGAAUCUAUGAUUUACUGGUGAUGGUGCGAAAUGCAAAUGUUGGUAAAACUAUUGGUAGCGCCCUGGGAAGAGUAAUUGAGGUUGAUCUGGAAAACGAUGAUCUUGCUGAAAGUGAAUAUAUGCGGGUUCGGGUUUGUUUUGAUAUUUCCAAACCGCUUUCUAGAGGCAAGAAUGUCUGUGUAGGGUCGCCUUUCCCGAUUUGGGUCCGAUUUUCAUAUGAAAUGAUGCCCACCUUUUGUUACCUACGUGGAAUUCUUGGCCAUAAUCAUAAAGAUUGUGAGAUGUGA